CGACUCCGACCGCACAAGAAUGGCGCUAGAGCGUUAUAUACGGCACGGCUGACCGGCACCGCCGCCAGUCUCUCGUCCGGACGCGAUACCGGCGAACGGAAGUCUAGCUGUACGGAAAUUCAAAUUCGAAAACGGAAUAAUCCUCCUGUGAGAUAAAUAUACGCGGAAGGUUCGCGUACGGAAUAUUGACGAGGGCCCUGAGGAUAUCCGCACGCGUUUCUCGCUCGAAGUUAUUCGAUUUUUGCACGAUUUGUCUCCCGGUGGUGGUAUUCACUCUUUCGGUUAAAUAUUCAUAAGAAGAAAGGAAACGAGAGUAAAUAAGUGUGUUACCGAGCAAGGGAACGAAAAACUUCCCGAAACACGAACCCCCCCCCGGAAAGCUGAGAGAGGCUUGAGCACUUGGCGACAAGCAAGGGAUAACACUCGACGUACGCUCGGACGAAAUGGCGACAUACGCUGCUUACAGGCACGUUGAACUUGACAACGUGGGCUACGGGAAAAAAAGAGUUCUGAAACCUCCCGGCGGUGGAAGCAGCGACAUAUUUGGUGCCCCACCAGAGGAGACAAGCCCUCGUCGUGUCAAAAAUCACAAUCACUCGCAACUCGGCUCGGCGCUCUUUGGCGAUGGAGCACCGAAGAACAACGGUUCGAGCACCGGAACGACGAGUCCCGAUUCACCGCGCGUCAACAAGCCCGGUAAUGAUUCGUACAAUCGUUUGUUUGGCCCUCCCGAUGCCCCAUCCAUCCAAAACACGAAAAAUCACACGCGCAGCAAUAUAUCACUGAGCGGUGACAGUCACGAUUCUUAUAACGAAAAGAUCGUAUCGUCCAACGGCCAUCAUCCUGGCUCCAAUGGCACUGCCAUUAUCAACGGCAACGCUAAUACUAACGAUAACACAGCUUUUAGGAGAAACAAACGAUUUCGUGGAUCUUCCUGCAUGCCACGCAACCCGGUUACCGGAGACGGAGUUUACGUGACGCCGUUGAGGCGCAGCGCACGAAAAAGUAGAGACGGUAAUCCAGUGACUGGAACUGGCUACACAUCGGACAUUCAGAACAACGUAGCGCCAAUGCAGAACGGUUCAUCCAACAUGAACGGAUCGGACAAGUCGAGUGACUCGUCACCGGCAGGCUCGACCAAGGGUCAACCAUCGCGUACUCGUGUGCCUCCGGGUGGUUAUUCAUCCGGGCUGUGGUAAACGUUUCUCCAGAAGUCAGCAACAAGAAAAAGCAGCCAUUCCUGCUGAGAGAAACAAUAAACAUCCCGAAAAAUCACCCCCGAGCUUUCGUUCUCCGUGACUCUCUCAUCCCCCCCUGGACACCAACGAAAAGAGAGGAUCCGACAAGAAGAAUAAAAAUAAAUAAAAAAACCCCAAAAUUAUUCACUUCAAUUUGCUAUUGAUCGUCGUUACUUCCAGAAAUCGAAAGCGUUCCAAUCUCACCGCGAGUGACACGUAUGACGUUCUUUUUUCUUUCGUUUUUCUAAUCCCUUUGUCAAAAGACUUAUGCUCGAGAUAAUUAGUCGAAGCUCGCAAAAAGGGUGAAAAUUUCUAUUCCCACCCCCCCCCCCCCCCCCUUAAACAACUCUGCGAUUACCCAGAGACUCGAAAAAUAUGUCUCGAAAUAUAAUAAUAUUAAUAAAUGAAAAUCAAACAAAAGAAAUGUCUCGAGUUGCUAAAUAUUGGACAAACGAUUUCGCGAUCUGGAACGAAAACAUCAAAUUUAAUCGAGUAGACGUCAAAGUCGGCCGGCAGACUCGUGCUUUCCUCGAUGCCCGGACGUAUCGGAAUUGUACAUUAGAUAGUCUGUGUUUCUCGACAUUAUUGAUAAUACUAAUAAUAAUAAUAAUAAUAAUAAUAAUAUUAAUAUUAAUAUUAAUAAUAAAGUGCACCACCACUUCAAUGAUAAGUGCUUUCUUAAUUCCGUGCCUUUCUCGCAUUCACUCAUACAAAAUACAAAACACGUACAGCUAUAAAUUCACGUACACACGAACAUGAAGGUGAUUACACUCCUUAUUUCUGCUCUCGGGAGAAUGAGAACGACGACGCACUUUCAAAAUACGAGACUAAUAUUUUUCCGUUACGACUCGAAGGCUCGUAUGUUUCUUUCGUUUUUUUUCUCACUUUUGUUCGUUCGAUCAUGCUUUAUCGCAUUAUUAAUAGAAAAUUUUGGUCAUUUACUCAUUUCUUUCAUUUUCUGUCACACGCGUCGUUUUUUCAUAAUUAUUUAUCGAUAUGUGUCCUCACGAUUAUUAAAUAGUGACGAAAACAAUUAUUUGCUAUCGACCCUUGAAGCCUUCGAUGACCUACUUUCGACCCCUCCCCCUUUUUCUUUAAUUUUCGUCCGACGUAACGAAAGUAUUUAUUUAACCGCGAGUUGCCAAUAUUAUUCAUCAAAUAAAAAAAAAUAUCUACAUGAUUAUACAUAAAUGUAUAUGAGUAUUACGCAUUUUUCAUAAAAAUAAUCAGUCAUCGUUUGGUGUGAGUUAAAUUAUAUGACUCUGUAUCGCAUCACAUUAGUCGUGAUUUAUUCCCUUCUUUUGUACUCUGGCAAUUAAUAAAAUUUUGUAAGCAACA